GAGCCGGGCCCGCCGCGCAUGCGCCAGCGCAGCCCCGGGACGGGGUAGGCGGCUCGGGGGUCGCCAUGGCGAGCGUUUCGGCGGCCAAGGGUGGCGGGGGCUCCUUCUCUGACCGCCACGCCCGCCUCCUCCUGGCGCAGAUCAACCGGCUGCGGGCCGGGCAGAGCUUCUGCGAUGUGCGGCUGGAGGUGGGCCCGGAGGCGUUCGCCGUGCACCGGCUGGUGCUGGCGGCCAGCAGCCCCUACUUCGCGGCGCUGUUCGCGGGCGGCAUGAAGGAGUCCGGCCGGGACGUGGUGCGGAUCGCGGGGGUCGAGGCGGGCACGUUCCACACGCUCCUCGACUUCAUCUACACAGGGGUGCUGAGCAUUGGCGAGCACAACGUGCAGGAGCUGAUCGUCGCGGCCGACAUGCUGCAGCUCACCGAGGUGGUGGAGCUCUGCUGCGAGUUCCUCAAGGGCCAGAUCGACCCGCUGAACUGCAUCGGCCUCUUCCAGUUCUCCGAGCAGAUCGCCUGUCACGACCUGAUGGAGUUCACCGAGAGCUACAUCCACGGGCACUUUCUGGAGGUGCAGAGUGGGGAGGAGUUCCUGGCGCUGACCAAGGAGCAGCUGGUCAAGAUCCUGCGAAGCGAGGACCUCAGCAUCGAGGACGAGUACCAGGUUUUCAUGGCGGCCAUGCAGUGGAUUUUGAAGGAUGUGGGGAAACGAAAGAAAUACGUCGUGGAAGUACUGGAGCCUGUUCGAUUCCCUCUGCUACCAGCACAAAGGUUGUUAAAAUACAUAGAAAGUAUUCCAGAUUUCAGUCUUCGCGUGGCCCUGCAAACUCUGUUGAAAGAAUAUUGUGAAGUCUGUAAAUCUCCCAAAGAGAACAAGGUCAGCAGUUUUCUGCAGGCUUCUAAAGGUCGUCCCCGGAGGAAAGCCAGGAAGUACCUUUAUGCAGUAGGCGGGUACACCCGGCUGCAAGGAGGACGCUGGAGUGACAGUAGAGCCCUGAGCUGUGUGGAGCGAUUUGACACCUUCAGCCACUACUGGACCACAGUGUCCUCUCUCCACCAGGCGCGGAGCGGGCUGGGCGUGGCGGUGGUGGGAGGAAUGGUCUACGCCAUUGGAGGUGAGAAGGACUCGAUGAUUUUUGACUGUACUGAAUGUUAUGAUCCUGUUACUAAGCAGUGGACCACUGUGGCUUCCAUGAACCAUCCCCGUUGUGGACUGGGAGUGUGCACGUGCUAUGGUGCUAUCUAUGCUUUGGGAGGUUGGGUUGGAGCAGAGAUUGGCAACACAAUUGAAAGAUUUGAUCCUGAAGAAAAUAGUUGGGAUGUGGUGGGAAGCAUGGCUGUGCCCCGUUACUACUUUGGGUGUUGUGAAAUGCAAGGCUUGAUUUAUGUUGUUGGUGGUAUCAGCAGUGAAGGAGUAGAGCUACGCUCCGUUGAAGUCUAUGACCCAAUAUCUAAACGCUGGUCUGAGCUCGCUCCAAUGGGCACUGGAAGAGCGUACCUUGGUGUAGCGGCUCUCAACGAUUGUAUCUACGCUGUGGGAGGCUGGAAUGAAUCUCAGGAUGCCCUUGCUACUGUAGAAAGAUACUCCUUUGAAGAGGAAAAGUGGGUUGAAGUUGCAUCGAUGAAGAUACCAAGAGCUGGUGUCUGUGUUGUGGCUGUGAAUGGAUUUCUUUAUGCCUCGGGGGGCCGAGCUCCCAGUCAUGAUUUUGCUGCCCCAGUGACGUCUGACUCUGUUGAAGUUUAUAACCCGCAUGUGGACAGUUGGACUGAAAUUGCCAACAUGAUCACCAGUCGCUGCGAAGGAGGCGUAGCUGUGCUGUAGAACACAAAGAAGAAAACUCAUCCAAGGAAUGAGUAAAUCUGUCUCCUCAGAUUUCCAGUUUCGCUGGCCAGAAGCCUCUUCUAACACAGGAGCUUCAAUAGAGACAGUGGAGGAAUAGAUCAGAGAGCUUUGCCUCAGCAAAAGGAAAUAUUAAAACUUUUGCCCUUCAAACUAAAUUGGUUUAUCCAGCGUCUGUCUCAUGAAGCAUUCUGUUAAGAGUGGGAAUGCCUUUUAUGACUGGAUUAACAUCACUGAAAUAAAUGGUGAAUUUGCCUUGUGAAAAUCUGAAGAAAUCAUUCCAGCACAUCAGAGACAGGUUGUGAACUCUGUAAGGUGCAUCUUCAGCUGGCCUGUCUGGAAGGAGGUUACUGUAGACAGCUAGGAGUUACCUGUAGGUAAGAGCAGAUGGGCUACUUGGUUGGCAUUACUUGUCUUUUUCUGGUGAAAAUCAAGGAAAAGGUGACAGACGGGAAGACGUGGUACCUCUGCUUAUGACGUUGAUGCAUUUGAUCCUCUUUUCUGCUGUUGGACAUGAUGGGCGUUAAAUAUUAAUUGGAUAUUUACUUUCUGGCCACUCCACUAACUCGGAUGGUGAGUGGCUGAGAAUUUCCUGUGCUGGAAGAUGAUUCUCUCAGUUCAGCAUAGGCUUUUCUUCUUGGUGGUAUCAGUGAUGGCAGCAGAGCUCCUUUUUGUGUAAGCUCUGACGAAUUUAAAUGGAAAUGCUGUUCAUUGGAUUAGCUGUUCUGUUUAGGACUGUUCUUACUAUAAAAAUACAGGGAAAACAUUUUGCCUUUCCGCCCCGCAUAGUUGUUAUGUUUUUACCCUGUGUGAGACAUGCUGAGAUUUGGCAUUGGAAUAUAGGCUACUCUACAAGGUACACACAUUCAUCUUUGCUACAUCUUGUAUCCUGCCUCUUCCAAAUUUGAGUGGACAAAGCUUUUUGUGAGAGAACUGUCUCCAUUGAGCACUUAAGUGAUGCUAUUAGUGUGUUUUGUCUUACAGAGUUUGUAUUUAGAACAAUACUACCAGGAGUUAUUUCUAGAUUCAUUUAAUUAAUGUACUUGAAGUUGCUUUUUGCACAAUACGAUUGCAUUUUCUACACAGCUGUGGAUGAUUUGGAUGGAGUCUGAAAUAAGGCUGCUUGAACUUUGAUCGACAGUGUUAUUCGAGAACACUAAACACAACUGGAAUGUCACAAAACAGGAAGCCUGUGCUCUGGAGACAAAGGAGCAUUCAUGCUGUCUAGGUCACUAUCCCCUGUGUAAAAUUAACAAAUUAAUACAUGGAUAAAAUCCUCGAAGGUGAGUGUUGAAGGUACCUUAAGAUUCUGGGUCUUACAUUCUAACAUUGGAGUGGGAGAUUGCAAGGCUAAAAUACACUAGACAAUGCAGCGUUUGUUUCUCCGAGUGUUCUAUAAUUUUAUGUGUGGUUUUACUUCAAAAGGAUUUCUUACCUGUGUGAAUUAACAUUUAUUCAGUCUUUUUUUCCCCAAAUUUAAGCUUGUUUUAAACAUUUUUUCGUAAUAAAGUGCAUUGUCAGAA